UGCACGUCAGACAGCGGGCGCAGCACACAGAGAGAAAAACGGUUGACCCAGCGCUCACCCGCAGAGCGCGAGAGCGACGCAAUCAUCGAGUUCGAGCCUUGUUAAAAACCGGCCAAUCCCCACCCCCACCACCCUCACAAACCGCCCCCGUUCCAACUCUGCAAGUGGUGUCUCGUGGAUCUCGUCUCUAUCGCCGCUCCCGCCGUGGCAAGCAUGAUCUCCCCGCGCCCCACGCUGUCCUCCUCCAGCUUCCUCGCGUUCCGCCCGGCGCCGGCGGCGUCGCCCACGCACCCGUCGCCGCCGCCCUCCCCGCGCCUCCACGCGCCGCCGCCGCUCUCGGCCUCCUUCUCGCCGUCCGCCUCCGUCGUCGCGCCGGACCACGUGGCCGCCGCCUCCUUCUACGACGUCCUCGGCCUCCACGCGGGGGCCAGCGCGCGGGAGAUCAAGGACGCGUACCGCCGCCUCGCCCGCGCCGUCCACCCGGACGUCUCCUCCCACCCCGCCUCUGCCUCCUCCGACGACUUCAUCCGCGUCCACGCCGCCUACUCUACCCUCUCCGACCCCGACAAGCGCGCCGACUACGACCGCCGCCUCCUCCUCGCCGCCGGACGCCGCCGGGCCCCUGUGCUCGGCCGCUCCCCGACGUUCCCGGCGCGCCGCCGCCGCACGUGGGAAACCGACCAGUGCUGGUGAGGUGCCCACCACUCGCCUCCGCGGCCGCCGGGGGGCGCGAGACGGCCACACGUGUUCCGACGAGCCACGUACAGAAGCGUCCAAUUCGUUGGGAGACGCAAAGAUUCCGGCAACCACUCGGCUUGUGAGUUGUGGCGGGGCAUACGCUUCUAGAAGAAAUGGCCUUACACUGGUCUUCCACGCCUCGUUGUGACUCGUAAAAAAAAUACUACCAGGGAAAACAAAAAAAAGAAAGAGCGUAUGGUGCGCGUGACGCUCGUCUAGCUUGGAAGUGUCCACAUGUAUGACCCGGUGCGGUGAUUGAUAGGAUAGGUUAACAUACUCUAGGCUGGAGAUAAGGCUUAUGAGAGCCACAACAAUAAUGGAGCAGUGACCGGGAAGAAAGUGAUUUGUAUGUCACCUUGCAUACUCUUCUUCUUCUGCUACUUCUUCAGUUUGUGGUGACUGGGGAAUGCAGACGGUGUGGGCAGUUUGUGGACUGAAGAAUGGAUGUUUUUUCUUCGA